GUGCGCCCCUAUCGUCCAGGCAAAGCGUCGAGCACAUGGCGCGCGCCCUCCUCCGCCGCCGCGGCGCGCUCUCCUCUCUCCUCUCCCCGGCCGCCCCCACGGCGCCCAGGCUGGUCCCGUCAUUCUCCUCCGCCACCGCCACCGCCACCGCCACCGCCGUCGCGCCGCUGCGCUCCACGCUCGACGAACGCCUGCUCCGCCUCCUGCGAUCCGAGAUCUCCUACGCCGCCGACCGCCGCCCUCCCCACCAGCCGCCGACGGGCUUCAAGUCGUUCGCCGUGGAGGACCGCCCGGGGGAGCAGUGGGUGCGCCUCCGCGCCGCCCGCCGAGGCGCCGGGUCCCGGACCGAGGAGGAGGCCAUCAAGAUCGACGCCACCUUGUUCGACGGCGUCGCGGAGACGCCCCCCGACGCGUCCCUCUUCCACCGGGUCGAGGCGCUGGAGCAAGGGCCGCGCCUCCACCUCAGCCUCAUCGUCGAGGUCGCCCGCGCCGACCGCGUCCUAGGAUUCAUCUGCUCCGCCUGGCCCGACCAACUUACCGUCCGCCACGUGCUCACCCUCAGUGGCGCCGGCGCCGCCACCGACGACCGGGGUGCCCGCGAGUUCACGAAGCUGGAGCCUGCGGAGAGGGAGGCCGUGAAGAAGUUCUUGCUGGAGAGGGAGGUGGACGCCGAGCUCGCGGAGUUCUUGCACGACUACGUCGCGAACAAGGAGAAGAUGGAGCUGCUCCGGUGGCUGAAGACAGUCGAAUCGUUCGUCGAGAAGUAAGCUAAGGAGUUGCAGGCUUGUUAGCAGGUGAUUUUUUCAUGCUCAUACGUAUGUUCAGAGUUAUGGAGAUGAAUGAUGAUACAAGACAAUGUUGUGAGUUUGAGAACAAACUGACCUUCAGAAAUGAGCCAUAAACAUUUGGGGAGGUAACAAAAACCAACUAUCCAUCUUCAAGCUGGUUAUAUUCAUAAAA